UUUCAUUUUCACUUUGGUGCCGUCGCUACGUCCUCCAUGAUGCGAGUCCUUGCUUCUAUCGCACUUACCGCAGCGUUCAUCCAUGCCCAGGGCGGCAUCGGCCUCGGUCCCCCGGUUCUACCUGAUGUGCUAUCUACGCUUCUAGAAGCGUACAAACCGCUCUUGACGGACUACGCCAUGUCGGACCUCCCAGCGACCAUUGGCAACUGCAACGAAGCGAACCCACCGCUUCCGUGCACUGAAACGGGCAAUUUGUACGAUACGCAGUCAACCUUCUACCAAGUUCGUGCCCGAUGGGUGUCAGGGCUCAAUACCAUGCGCUUGACCGACUUGAAGAUGACGUUCGACGACGCUGGUGCGAUGACUUUGGCUCUUCAAGCCAACUUUGCUCAGUUACCAGUGAGUUUGCUGGUCAAGGGGUGCGGCGGGUUCCUUGGAUGCGCCAUGGUGCUGGACAACGCCAAGUCGUGCUGCGGCUCGGACAAGGCCGUCGCCAUGGUCGCCACCGCCAAGUGCAGCGAAACAUAUCCGUUUAUCACGGGGUUCGCACUGACCGAGGCAAAGAUCACACCUGCGAUCAACGUGGAGAUUGACAUCUUCGGGAAACCUUUCAAGGUGGCGGACGCCACCCCGUCGAUCGAGACUGGACUCAAGGAUGCCGCGGGCAAGUUCUUGGCCACCAAAGGCUUGGACCUGUUCAACAACCAAGUCAAGCAGUUGUUUGGCGACAAGAUCUAUUGCUCGCAGCGCUCCAAAGAUGCCCAGACGACCACGGUGGCCCCCACGACCACCAAAGUCCCGACGACGACCGUUGCUACUACGACCAAGGCGCCCGCAACCACCGUCACCACGCCGCCAACAGUUACAGAUGCGUCUUCCGCCGGCAACACCACCUCCCCUGGCCCCUCGCCGACUUCCACGGCUUUGAAGCCCGUCCCCACGUCCGCAGUGUCAAUCGCUCUUCUAGCAUCAACAGCAUUAGCAGUUGCAGUGGUCGUCGCUAAUGGCGUGUAGGCGUCAUCAUAUCACGAAAACCAUCAUUUUAAUGCACAUUGAUUUUGACCUUC